AGUGGGUAUGUUUGAGUUUGUGUUGGGGUUGGCAUCCAUGUCUUGUUGCGUUUCCACUACUUGCUCUUCUUCUCCUUCACUUCCAAAUUACGCACGUAACCAUCCGCGCGUGGCUUCACCCACCCGAAUUUCAUGCUCUAAGAGGAAGAAAAGCAGCGACAAUUGGGAGGCCCAGGAGCUGGUUCGUCAUCUCACGCGCAAGAUAAGCGACAAAGAGCCUUUGGUGAAAACACUGAACAAGUAUGUGAAGAUCCUCAGAACCGAGCACUGCUUUUUACUCUUUGAAGAACUCGGGAAGGAAGAUAAGUGGCUACAAUGCAUCGAGGUUUUCAGAUGGAUGCAAAAGCAAAGAUGGUAUAUUGCUGAUAAUGGAAUUUACUCUAAACUUAUAUCAAUUAUGGGAAGGAAAGGCCAAAUAAGAAUGGCUAUGUGGCUUUUCUCUGAGAUGCGUAACACUGGCUGUCGUCCAGAUACUUCUGUCUAUAAUGCAGUCAUCACUGCCCACCUUCAUUCUUCUGACAAAACAAAGGCUUUGUCCAAAGCAAUUUCCUACUUUGAGAAGAUGAAAGCUACGCAGCGCUGUAAACCCAACAUUGUCACAUACAACAUUCUCUUGAGAGCUUUUGCUCACUCUCGAAAUGUUGAUCAGGUCAAUUCCUUGUUUAAGGAUCUUGACGAGAGCAUUGUUUCACCCGAUAUUUACACUUUCAAUGGUGUCAUGGAUGCUUAUGGAAAAAAUGGCAUGAUUCGUGAAAUGGAAUCCGUGCUUGCUCGAAUGAAAAGUAGUCAGUGUAAGCCUGACUUAAUUACCUUUAACUUGCUCAUUGAUUCAUACGGCAAGAAGCAGCAGUUCGACAAGAUGGAGCAAGUUUUUAAGAGUUUGUUGCGCUCUAAGGAGAAACCUACAUUACCUACCUUUAAUUCUAUGAUUUUGAACUAUGGGAGGGCGCGCCUUAGGGACAAAGCUGAGAAUGUUUUCAAGAAGAUGACUGACAUGGGUUACACGCCCAGCUUUAUCACGCAUGAGAGUCUCAUCUAUAUGUAUGGCUUCUGUGAUUGUAUUUCCAGGGCUAUAGAAUUGUUUGAUGGGCUGGUUCAGUCAAAAUCUCAGAUUAAAGUUUCAACCCUAAAUGCUAUGCUUGAUGUUUACUGCAUUAAUGGUUUACCACAGGAGGCAUAUUCACUGUUUGAGAGGGCCAGAAGUAUUCAAGUAUGUCCACAUUCAUCAACAUAUAAACUUCUGUACAAGGCAUACACUAAAGCCAACCAGAAAGAGCUUCUAGAUAAGUUGCUGAAGCAUAUGGAUAAAGAUGGCAUCAUCCCUAAUAAGAGGUUCUUCUUGGAUGCUUUGGGUGCUGUUGCAUCUUUGCCAGCAAAUUCGCAAUCUGCUGGUGCCACAACUGAUUCAAGCUCAGCAAAUUCAGAAUCUGCUAAUGCUGCAACUGAUUCAAACAACCCCCAAGAUUUUGCCAAAUUGGCAACUCAUGUCAAGAUAUAGAAGUUUUUCCAGCACAUUGUCCCUUGUCUUUGUGACACUGUGGUCUAUGAUGAACGCAUCAGACGUGACAGCUGCCAAAACUAACAACCAAUCAAAAAGAGCAGGCUUGCUACUGGAAAGCAAUGAGUAAAUCUACAAUUUACAAAAUUGAGUUUUUAUCAAUGAUGUUAUGGAUAAUUCGUGUACAAUGAUCACUCUGGUGCAAUAUGAAGUCAAGACUAAAAGAUUGGCUUGUAAUAUUUCUGCCCAGUAAUGAAAACAAUUAAUUAAUGAAACAGUUUGUUGGAAAUUUAGAUUUGUGACUUUUAAUCAUUUCCUUCCCUCUACUUGCAAAAAAGGUUUUUUCCAUUACUCAUGUUUUAUAAAGGAAUUAAUUUUGAUUCUUGACUUUAAUGGGUUUGAUUUUCUUCUUGCUUGUGGCCCGACUCACUUCCUUGAGACCCAGGCACGCCAUUACAGAUUGCAACAGUGCAUCACCAUGCCUAACUCUAUUUCCGUGACGUCGUAGGCAUGACCAAACCAUAGUACAUAUCUUCCUGUCCCAACUAUCUAUGCCCAUUCUGUUUUAAUCUUUUCUGUUUCAGUUAUUAUGCCAGUGUCUUGAAACAUUGAUUUUAAAAUUUUGGUUGGACUUAUUUGUUUAGAUGCAUUUGAGAUCUGCAUGGCAUUUGGUCUUUUGCGUUCUAAUGCGUUUUUUUAUUUGAUACUCCCAGUUUUAGCACAGGAAAAUAUGAAAAAUGAGGAACCAAGAUUUGGGAUUUCUUAUAUGCUGUUGGAUAAAGCCAUGCUUGCAUGGUGUUUAUGAAUCCAUGCUCCCUCGUUUCUAAUGCAGAUUUACGAGGUGUUUAUGCUAAAAGUCAUCUCAAUUGCAAUCACACUAGUAGUGUAGGUUGCUGGAGGUGCUAGCUAUAAAGUACUUAACAGGAUUCUGAUAUGGAUGCUAUGCUGUAAGACUUUUUAUUUGAGUGGAAGAUUGUUAUGCAAGUCUUAUUUAUCAAUUUUCACACUCAAGUUGAAGAGGUUAUAAACCUUAUUGUAAAGUGGUUAUAAGCAGAAACCAAACAAGGUUAGAGCCUUGUUUAUCAAGUAUCAAGAGUAUAAAGUCAGAAGUUAUAAGCCUUAGUCCUGGAUAUAAUCGUAAGUUCAGCAGGUAAUAAAUCUUUUACUAUAC